AUGGCCACCUCGUUCCCGACUGCCAGGGGCCUGCUGAGCGAGACCGAAGGCACUCAGCCCUCGCUGUCCAACGGCCGUCCGCGCACCGAGCGACCGCGGCACCACGACCUCGCCGACCUCUCGCUCGACCAGGGCGACUCGAUCCUGCUCCCCGACGGCAAGCGCGUCAGGCGACCCGUGUUCCCGGCCAACAAGGCCAACUACCACCGAGUACCUCCGCACCUCCUCAAGCCUGAUGGCACGCCCAACUACAUGCUCCUGUCGCUCAACAGCAGCGUCUACUCGAUCCUGCCCGACGGCACCCCGCUCACGCCCGCCGUCUCGCUCUCGCAACGGCUGGGCAACCAGAUCUCGUUCAAGCGCGAGGACCUGACGCCUGUCUUCUCAUUCAAGCUGCGCGGCGCCUACAACCUCAUGCGCCAGCUCACCGAGGAGGAGCGCUGGCGCGGCGUCGUCGCCUGUUCAGCAGGUAACCACGCGCAAGGUGUCGCCAUGUCGGGUCGCGAGCUCGGGGUCGCCUGCACCAUCGUCAUGCCGCUCAACACGCCCUCGAUCAAGUACCAGAACGUGGAACGCCUCGGCGCCAAGGUCGUCCUUCACGGUGCCGACUUUGACGACGCGCAACGCGAGUGCGGCCGCCUCGCCAAGCUCCACGGCCUCACCCUCAUCCCGCCGUUCAACGACCCGCACAUCAUUGCCGGCCAGGGCACCGCCGCCGUCGAGCUCUUGCGCCAGACCGACGUCGGCAAGCUCGACGCCGUCUUCAUCCCCGUCGGCGGCGGCGGCUUCCUCGCCGGCAUGGCCGCCUACAUCCGCGCCGUCGCGCCGCCGCACGUCAAGAUCGUCGCGGUCGAGACGCACGACGCCGACGCGCUCGCCCAGACGCUCCGGGCAGGCGAGCACCUCACGCUCAACGAGGUCGGCCUGUUUGCGGACGGGACCGCCGUGCGCAAGAUCGGCGACGAGACGCUGCGAGUUUGCGCCGAGCUCGUCGACGAGAUCGUCCUCGUCUCGAACGACGAGCUGUGUGCCGCCAUCAAGGACGUCUUCCAGGACACGCGCUCGGUCCCCGAGCCGUCCGGCGCCCUCGGCGUCGCCGGCGUCAAGAAGUACAUCCAGCAGAACAACCUCAUCGGCAAGAACAAGCGCUUCGUGUCGGUCGUGUCGGGCGCCAACAUCAACUUCAGCCGGCUGCGGUUCAUCGCCGAGCGAGCCGAGCUCGGCGAGGGCAAGGAGGCGAUGCUCAGGGUCAUCAUCCCGGAGACGCCCGGCUCUUUCCUCGCGCUGCACUCGGUCAUCCACCCUCGCGCCGUCACCGAGUUUGUGUAUCGCUAUUCGUCGUCCAAGCGGGCCUUCAUCUUCCUGUCGUUCUACCUCGCCUCGUCCUCGUCGCGGCUGCAGCCCCCACCACCCGGACCCGCCAACGGCACCUCGACGCCGGCACUUUCGCCCGCCGAACAGCGGGCCGCCGAGCUGUCGUCGAUCCAGAGCAGCCUCUCGGCGCAGGGCAUGUCGGCGCUCGACAUCAGCGACAACGAGCUCGCCAAGUCGCACGCGCGGUACCUCGUCGGCGGCAAGCGCAAGGUCAAGAACGAGCGCAUGUUCCGGUUCGAGUUCCCGGAACGGCCCGGCGCGUUGCGCAAGUUCCUCGAGACGCUCGGCAGCGGGCUCAACAUCAGCCUGUUCCACUACCGCAACCAUGGCGGAGACGUCGGCAAGAUCCUGUGUGGCAUCCAGGUUCCGCCGUCCGAGGGCGAGGCCUUUACCGAGUGGCUCGACUCGCUCAAGUACCCGUACGUCGAGGAGACGGCCAACCCGGCUUACGCCGACUUUCUCGCCGAGGACGACGAGACCGACAGCGAGGCCGAGGGCAGGUAGACUCGAGCGGCAGCAGGACGAGCGCAUCGUGUUGUAUUCCUAUCAGCUCGCACGCA